GUUUUGACACAGCCAUGUAAAUCACGUAGAUGCCAUCACUAACAUGUUGAAUUUGCUCCAGUUUGUGCCUGUUUUCUACUGUUCGUUAGUUUUGUUGCACUUGUAAUGCUUGACAUUGUGAAAGAGUGAUUCCAUACCGGUAUUGAAUCACAUACCCUGUUGUAAUCAUUAAUUGUGAAGACACUGGCAGACACAAACACAAGCAGUUGGCUGGAAUCUUGUGUAGUUUUUAGUUCCCGUUUGCUUGUUUUUUGUGAUAAUGAAGGAUUAUUUACUUCCGCAGGGAGGUGCCAUGCCUAACGCGUUGCACAGCAAAGAAGAUUUCGAAGAGGCCAAAGAGGCGGUGAAGAAAGAGAUAAGGAAAGAAAUGAAGAUAAAAGAGGGCGCUGAGAAGCUACGAGAGGCCACUUCGGACAAGAAGAGCCUCGCAGAUGUUAACACGAUCGUUAAAAAGGCGAAUAAUCGUUUACAGCAGUUACAGCAAGAACUGAAUGAGAUUAACCUUUAUCUGCUAGUGUCUGGGAGCUCUAACAAAAUAGAAGAUGUGCGGUCCCCGGAAAUACGGAAAUCUGCGUCCGAUGCUGAUCACAUGGAGAAUGAGAAACCCAACAGGGUUAUGUCUCUUGAAAAACAGCUCAAUAUUGAAUAUAAGGUGAAGCAAGGGGCUGAGAAUCUAAUUGCGAUGUACAGUUCAGGGUCCUCAAAAGACCGUAAACUGCUUGCCGAUGCUCAACAGAUGCUUGCGGACUCGAAAACUAAGAUCGAGAUCAUCCGUAUGCAGAUUGUAAAGGUGAAUCAGGACACAUCUGAGGAAGGUAUCAAAAGAUGUGAAUUCCUUUCACCGCUGGAACUUCGAAUAGAAGAACUGCGGCAUCACAUAAAAAUAGAAUCUGCGGUUAUAGACGGUGCAAAUAAUGCCAUAAAAUUGCUAAAGAAUUCCAAAGCCCCAGACAAGAAAGCAUUACAAGAGGCUCAAAACAGUUUAUCAGAAAGUAACCAAAAGCUGGAGUUGUUAAAGGUAUCGUUAGAGAAACGUAUCUACGAGCUUGGACCGGGCUCUGCCAAGGUGGAUAUGCUCAAAAACGAACUUGAUGCCCUGCAUUCAAAAUCAAAUUCCAAUGGACAGUUUAAUAGUUUGAAGCGGGCGCAGAGUAAUUCCCCCUUUGUGAAAGCCGCAGCCUUGACUGGAAAACUGGAGGUCAGACUGGUUGGUUGCCAGGGGUUACUGGACGAGGUUCCGCGUCGCAAGGACAGCCUGCAGCUGGUCACGUCCAGUCCCGGGGACAGCAAGAGUCUGCUGAGAAAGUCCAAGUCUUCCAAGUCGUACAACGUAAAAGAGGAGACGUCAACUGAGGUUAUGGCUGUGAUAAAGCUGGACCAUCAACAGGUGGUACAGACGUCCUGGAAACCACACAGUCAGCAGUGCUGGGACCAUCGGGCCAGUAUAGACCUCGACAGGGGCCGAGAGCUGGAGAUAGCGAUCUAUUGGCGCGACUUGCGGCAGAUGUGCGCCGUUAAAUUCCUGCGUCUCGAGGACUUCCUUGACAACCAGCGCCACGGCAUCGCCAUCCACCUUGAGCCACAGGGAAUACUCUUUGCUGAGAUUACAUUUUUAAACCCCACAUUAUCCCGUAAGCCAAAACUACAAAGACAACGAAGAAUAUUUCCAAAACAUAAAGGAAAGAACUUCCUGCGUCCCAACGACAUGAACAUCAACGUGGCCACGUGGGGUCGCCUCAUCAAGAGAACGCUUCCUCAGCAGUGUUCUGAUGGGGCUGGAGCCCUCAGUCCCCAACCUGUUGUGACGAACCGUCGCCCGCCGCUCAAUGAAGGCCAAUAUCAGCCCCUGGAGUCUUCCAACAGUCACCCUGGCGAUCAUUCCCAGCAGAAGCAGGGAACCAUCUCCCCAUCACGGCAGGAACCAGAGGCAACCAUCUCUCAAUCCUUUGACUUCCUUCCUGCUGAUUCCCCAAACAACAGUAUAGACCUGGACAAGUACCCAGGCACCAACAACAGCCUGGGCUACCUGGGCGGCUCGUCUUACUUCCCGGUCGCGGACUACUCGAGCCCACGGAUACCUACCCCACCUCCCUCCCUGCCCACGGAACCACCCCCUAACAUCUAUGAGACGCCGAAGCGGCCGCCAGCGGUGUCCGUGCAUAAAACCGUGAUAGAACCUGAGUUUACUCAUCAAGCAGUCAACAUGAGUGAUUUUAGACCGAUAAGUGUUCUAGGUCGAGGGCAUUUUGGAAAGGUUAUACUGUCAGAAUAUAAGAACACGGGUGAAUACUUCGCUUUAAAAGCAUUAAAGAAAGGGGAGAUAAUAGCGAGAGACGAAGUGGAAAGUCUGAUGUCAGAGAAGCGAAUAUUUGAAGUGAUAAAUGCCAUGAGGCACCCAUACCUCGUCAACCUGUUUGCCUGCUUCCAAACUCAAGAACAUGUGAUAUUCGUGAUGGAGUAUGCGUGUGGUGGAGACCUAAUGAUGCACAUUCACAACGACGUGUUCUCUGAACCAAGGACAGUCUUCUACGCUGGAUGUGUCGUACUUGGUCUGCAGUAUUUGCACGAACAUAAAAUUGUAUAUAGAGAUCUGAAACUCGACAACUUACUGCUGGACACCGAGGGCUACCUGAAGAUUGCUGACUUCGGUCUCUGCAAGGAGGGCAUGGGGUUCGGGGAUCGCACCCGGACAUUCUGCGGCACCCCGGAGUUCCUUGCGCCUGAGGUGUUGACUGAGCCCUCGUACACCCGGUCUGUGGACUGGUGGGGCCUGGGCGUGCUCAUCUUUGAGAUGUUGGUGGGAGAGUCUCCAUUCCCGGGAGAUGAUGAGGAGGAAGUGUUUGACAGCAUAGUCAAUGAGGAGGUGAAAUAUCCACGGUUCCUGUCCACUGAGGCCAUAGCCAUUAUGAGAAGGUUACUACGACGUAACCCUGACCGACGGCUGGGAUCCAGUGAAAGGGAUGCUGAAGACGUCAAGAAGCAGGCAUUCUUUAGGAAUCUGGACUGGAAUGAGUUGUUAAUGAGAAGAGUAAAGCCACCAUUUGUUCCAACAGUGAAACACCUCGAGGAUGUGAGCAACUUUGAUACAGAAUUCACGCAAGAGAAGGCCAUACUCACGCCAGCAAAGGAUAGGCGAUCUCUCACAUUGGAAGAUCAGGAUAAUUUCAGAGACUUUAACUAUAUAGCAGACUGGUGUUAGCAUAUGUUAGCCUUCAGUGAUACAUAUUUUCUAUAUUCAGACUGGUGACCAGUCUAACAUAUAGAUAAAAUACUGUCAGUUUGGGCUGGUAUGAGCCAGUGUAUUAAAAUCGGAGACUUUCUGUGGUGGUAUGUCAAGUAAGGAUGUAACAUCAGCAAAAGUUUGAGGCUUUUUGCCGGUCUAUUAACAUAUAAGACUUGAGCUAUAUUGUCGAUUGGUGUUAGCAUUGCGGGUAUGGUUUCUUGUUAUGAGACUGGUUGCCAGUUCAUGAAAGAUGAACCAUAUGUAAGUUCUUCCAUGGCAUUAAAGAUAAGCUUUAGUGAUUGGUUAACGUUAUUGUAAAUAAUACUGGUGGCCAAUGAAAAAAGCCAAAGGUUUCAUUGGAGGGAGCCUGUUAACCAGAUUAUAUAGUGAAGAGACCUACUGUAUUGCAUACCGGUGCUGUUAACAUUCUCUCAGCAUGUGUUACAUGUUACAGUAAUGACAUUGGUAACAGGUCUAUUGGUCUGGUUCAAAAUUGUACGUCCAUCAACAGGCUUUUGAAUAGAAAUAUUACACCAGUCAAAAUAUUACGUUCUUGUUGUUUAAGAAGGAAUAUACAGAAUGUGUAUACUAGCGUUAUAAUUUUCUCAGAGAAAAUAUAAGUUUUGUAGCAUCUACAAACUUUCACAUUUUGUCUGGUUCCUUUAUUUAUAUUUAUAAAAAGACAACCAGUCUGUUACUAUGCAUUGAUUGUUGUAAAAGAACAUUCAUUGACAAUGUAACCAUUCCGUUAGUACAUUGUAGGUAUAAUUAUUAUCCCCCGCCAUAGGCGGAGGGAUAUUGUUUUGGCGUUGUCCGUCCGCUUUCCGUCCGUCCGGAGCCAUAUCUUGGAAGUUCUUUGGUGGAUUUCAUUGAAACUUGGUAUGGGUAUAUAUAUGGAUAAGAGGAUGAUGCACGCCAAAUGGCAUUGUACACCAUCUGUUAAUAACAGAGUUAUGUUCCUUUGUAUCUUGAAAAAAUGCAUUUUUGAGUGUCGAGUAUAACACUUUUGUGUCCAGAAGCAUAUUGGCGGGGGAUAUAAAUUCUACGAAUUUGCUUGUUUAUAUUACAUCGGUUGUAAUAAGUUACUGCACCAAAUGAUAAACUCUGAAUACUUUUUAUUUAGUGUUACCAAAAUUUAAUUGAUGAAAAGUGUGAGUUCAUGCAAAUAUGCAGUAAAGUGUGCUUAUUUAUGAUCUGAUGUGUGACACUCUUAAUGGAAUAAUUAUAAAAAGUUGUUCAGAAUAGAUUGUUUAGGAGUUGAAAAUGAUCCAAUUUAGUUUAAGUUGAUAGUUGCUAACUGCAUAAUACUUUUUGUGAUCAUUUAUGAGUUCAUUAAAUUACUCAAAUAAAAAGUGCUGCAUUGAAGUGUUUUGUGUAAUUGUACAUUUUUUAUCUGAAAUAAGGUAUAAUAGUUAUCAGAAUUGUAUCACUUACAAAUUGGUAGUCUAGUGUCUAAGUUAAUCCUUGCAUUUCUUUUAUAGUAAUCCACAAAUUAUCAAGAUGUUUUGAUAGCAGUGUAAAAGUAUUUUGCCCCCAAGUUUGUACUUGUAUGUGCCAAUAUAUGUUAGCAAUAUGAGCCUCAUUCUGUGAAAACUGGGCUUAAUGCAUGUGCGUAAAAUGUCAUCUCAGAUUAGGCUUAUCUGGGACGACACUUUCUGCUUCUUUGGAAUUUAGGAUUUGAAGGAAGUCUUCUUGAAAAUCCAGUUAAAGCGGGUAUAUACGAUUUUGUCAAAUAUUUAUGAAUUUAUAUAAAAUGUGUAAAAACUUAUUAUAUAUAUAUUUCAAUAUGAAUUAAAAUAAAAGUUAAGAGGAACAUGUGUCGAAAAAUGCGAAAAAAGCCAGAUAUUUAAUUCUGAAAUUGAAAACGGCUGUAUUCGCCAGCAUGUAUACCAAACAUGUACGAUGUGAAUCUAAACUUAGUUUAACGGUUUAUUUGAAUUCCUGCAACAAUAUCUAUUCAUACGACACACGAACACUAACUCCAAUUCCUAAUACAAAGACGAAUGCUUCGGUUAUUGUAGGAAAAUAUAUACGUCACAAUCGGCUCGGGGCGCUAAUUUGUCUUUGCUGCAUUUUAUGAAAUUCGGCUUUAAUGUAUAAUUUUUCUUGCCUUUAUAUGGUUAUUGUAACAUGUUUUAUCAAUAUAUUACAAUUAAACACAUAAAAAAUCGUAUAUACCCGCUUUAAGGUGGAAAGUGUCGUCUUGACUAGCCUGUGGGGAGUUUAUGCUGCUCAUAUGUUUGUUAUUUAUAUACCAUAGUGUCUCAAAUCAGCAGGCAAAGUGCUCUUCAUGUUCAUCUUAACAUUGGUGACGUUGGUCACUCCAUUAAACAGGUUUAUAAUAAAACUACUGUUACAUGUUUAUAUUAUGCAUAACAUAGAAGACCUCAUGUAAAACAAUUGUACAUGAUUAAUAAAUGUUAACCAGAUAUGACAUUUAUACUCUCAUCUUCUGGUAUCUGAGUAAGUCCUGUUUAACCCUUUGCAUGUUGGGAAAUUUGUCGUCUGCAAAAAUGUCGUCUGCUGAAUUUCUAAAAUCAGCAUUUUCUUCGAUUUUUUUCAAAGAAUACUAUCAGAAUAGCAAACAGUUUGGAUCCUGAUGAGACGCCACGUUUUGUGGCGUCUCAUCUGGAUCCAAACUGUUUGCAAAGGCCUUCACAAUUCGGUUCCAGCACUGAAAGGUUUAAAUUAUCUUUUUGGUACAAGUACAACUUAUUUCGAAGUUACAAAACCAAAUAUGGAAAAAAGUAUUUCUGCUUGUCAAUGGUAUAAGAUGUACAAACAGUUAAUUCUAAAACUUGGUUUAGGAGAAAACAUUGUUGCUAGCGUGGACAAAUCUUUACGCUUUUGUCCUGCUAUUUUAAUGUGAGGGCAUGUACCAAAGAGUGAUGGGAAAAAAAUGAAGAUGAACAAUUACAAGUAAGUUGUUUCAGAUCAAAGUGCUGUGUUUAUACAUUAUUCUACUGCCAAUCACUAUUGUGUUGUUAUAUUCUCAGUAAGUGCUUUUGUUCAAUUUUUGGGAAAAGUGGCUGGGCGCAGUGGAGGUUUUUUGGAUAAGCAUGAUUACAUGUUUUUGUUCAACUUUGUCAAAGAACAUUAAUGUUUUGUUGUAGAUGCUUAAUAAGAUUAUGAUUACACUUGGUUUGAUAACAAAAAAUUUAAAUAUGUACAAAAAUGCCUCUAACUUAGAUAUUUAAAAAAAGUACCUUUUCGGAGCAGGGUAAGGCAAAGAAUGUAAGGCCCCUAAUUUGUCCUAAAUAAUCUAUGAACAUACCUGCUUAUGUUAGAUCUGCUUAAUGUUUGUUAAAAAUCAUUUGACUAUGCAAGGAUUGAUAGAAGUUUGAAGCUGAUAGUUUGAAUGUAGCUAUGACAAUGUUUUGACAUUUGAUGCUGCAAAAUAGUGUUGAAUGUGGCAAUCACAGCAUACAUUCCUGGAGGAUGACAAAAUUUGUUGGUGCAAUUAAUUAUUUGUUUACAAAGAAAUUCAGAUGAAAUUCAAUGGAUCGAUCUAAUUUCUCAAAUGUCUCUUGAUAUAGUAAGUGCGCAAAAUCAUUUAUUCUUUUGCUACAGCACUGCGUAACAAGGUUUAAAACUAUUUUUUACUUACCUGAUAUCACAAUAUUUUGUCUCAUAUCUUUACACACUUUUUGAGACACAUCAGAAUUCCAGGUAUAAAUUUAAAUCAAUGAACACAUGUUUUUAAUUAUAUAAUAUCUGAGGUUCUUUUUUUAAUUUUAAUAAUAAAUAAAUUAACCCUUUGCAUGCUGGGAAAUUUGUCGUCUGCUAAAAUGUCUUCUGCUGAAUUUCUAAAAUUAGCAUUUUCUUUCAUUUUUUUCAAAGAAUACUAUCAGAAUAGCAAACAGUUUGGAUCCUGAUGAGACGCCACGUCCUAAAAGGCCUUUUAAAUUCGGUUCCAGCACUCAAAGGGUUAAGCCUCGCCAUGGGAAGAAGGGCUUUUUACAUUUUUGUAGUGUCAUCUCAGAUUAGCCUGUGCAUGGAGCACAUGGUAAUCAGAGAUAACACUACGCAUUAAUGAAUUUUUUUGUUUUAAGGAUGUCUCUUCUCGACAAAAAUCCAGUCCGGGUGGAAAGUGUUGUGCCUCAUUAGUCAGAUUAACACAGAUGCAUUAACCCUUUGCAUGCUGGGAAAUUUGUCGUCUGCUAAAAUGUCGUCUGCUGAAUUUCUAAAAUUAGCAUUUUUUUCAUUUUUUCAAAGAAUACUAUCAGAAUAGCAAACAGUUUGGAUCCUGAUGAGACGCCACGUUCUGUGGCGUCUCAUCUGGAUCCAAACUGUUUGCAAAGGCCUUCAAAAUUCGGUUCCCGCACUGAAAGGGUUAAGCACCGUUUUCCCUGGCCAAGGCUCCAUUGUUUUUCCAAGUUAUAAUGUAUUUCUGUUGUAAAAAUAAUUAUACUUAUAUUCUGUUAUUUUAAUAAUAAAAUAAUGGCCAAUUAAUGUAAUAAAGUAAUGCAAUUUCUAUAUUGAAUACACCAACAUAACAGUUGUUAGGUGCUAAUAAUAUCAAAUAAAAUCCAAUUAAAUAAAAUUAGUUUUUCUGGUUCACAAAUGUAUGCAUGAUUGAUUUAAAAAAAAUAGAUUUUUUUACUUUUUGUGGUUGUUUAGUAGGUAUAAACAUAAUUCAAGGGGUGUGGCAAUAAAGGUAUCUAACAUUUUAGUUAUUAACAUAGUUUAUUUGAUUAUUUUAUAUCUUAGAUGAAUUUAAAAUUUCUAGUUUAUUUAUCUGAAACUUGAUAUGUUGUUGAUGAUAAAUGCUUAUUUGAACAGAAAACGAAACAUUUCUUCAAGUCAAGAGUUUGGGAUACUUUUGGUGGUAGUUGGCAAACCAUCUCUUAAUCCUUUACCAAGUGGAAACGUCUUUUGGCACAUUUUUAGUCCCAUAGAAUGUUACAUUUUUUCUACUAAAUUCAAGUUUAAAGGCUUAAUUUCCAACCCUUAGAUACUGAUGAGCACCAAACAGCAUAAAACCUGAACAGACUACGAGUUACUUGCAGCUGUUCUGGUUUUAUGCUGUUUGCACAUAGCCAUUUUUACUUUGAUUCUGAGUGGAAAAGGGUUAAUCACUAAAUCAAGUAUAUAAAGAUGAGAUGCUUGCUAAUUUGAGAUCAGUCAAAUCCAGCCAUUAUUUUGACAUGUUGUUGCCAUCUAUUAAUUUCCUUUUCUGUUUUCAGGUAAGACAAUUAAGUUUGAUACAUGAUGUAGCAUUACCUUUACAAAACUGAACUUUUAAAACCAUUUGGUAUGGUAUGUUGAACGAUACAGUUGCAUUUAUGUGUGUCUUUGUAAAACAGUUAAGCAUGGAAACUGUUGAAUCCUAUGUCAAAGUAAACUGGCUUUCAUAACGUUGUUGCAGGUUUUUCCAAUGGUUUUGUGGUAUUGUUCUGACUUACUGAUUUGUAAUUUGUAUCAUACGCUGUGUGCGGUUGCAGCUAUAUAAAUGAGUCUUGCUCUGUGAAAAUGGGGUUAAAUACCUAUAUGCGUAAAGUGUCAUCCCAGACUAGCCUGUGCAGUUUGCACUGGCUAAUCCGGGGCGACACUUUCUGCUUUUAUUGUAUUUUUCGUUUAAAAAAAGACUGUUAUUGAGGAAAAUCCAGUUUAAGCAGAAAGUUUUGUCCCUGAUUAGCCUGUGCAGACUGCACAGGCUAGUCUGGGACGACACUUUACGCUCAUGCAUUUAGCACCAUUUUCACUGAGCGAUGCUCAAAUGUAAAUAGCAAAAUGAACAUUCUGUUAUCAAUGCUAUAAUAGCUUGUAUUAUACUAUACAUACAAUUGUCAUUUGUGUAUAUAAUGCCAUUGCUUUGUUAAACCCUAAAUACAUGUACAUUCAGUAGACUUUAAAACAUUGUACGAUUACAAAUAAAACAUUUAACAUUUACAA